AUGUUCCCUACUCGUGUUCUGCGCAUGCAGGCCUCCCGGCCUUUCGCUUUUCCUGCUCCUAAGGAAAACCACAGCGCCCACACUAUCUCUCAGCGUCUGCGCACUCUGAAGAGAGUCCCCCCGGAGUUGAUCCCUCUCGGUCUGGUCCUUGGUGUCGCCGUCGGUGCUGCCAUCUACUCCAGCACCCGCAAGCUCAUGACCGACAAGACCCUCCGUCUGUACCGCAACAGCCCCGAGGACCGCGAGCACUAA